CCUCGCCGCCCCAUCCCAAGCAGACUAUAACAGGAUAGAAAGGGUUGUACGUUUGCUCGGCCAUGCCAAAGUACUAAUCCCGUGCUUGCGUAAAUACAACCUCCCCAAACUGUCCAAGUGAGUUAAGGGUGGGUGGAAAGCCGCCGUUUCCCGACACACUGGUGGAAAGGUUGCGGUUCGGUUGCUGGCGUAACGCGGGCGGGCGGAAAAGUUUUCGUCUGGCAAGGAGUCGGAGACCUUCUUUCCUUGGACGUGUCUGCUGAAAACGGAGAACUCGGGAUGUCUCUCUCGGUACCCCAGAACGGUCGGGGAGAUAACGAACCGGUCAUUGAGCUUUUUGUGAAGGCAGGAAGCGAUGGAGAGAGCAUCGGGAACUGUCCAUUCUCUCAGCGUCUCUUCAUGAUUCUCUGGCUGAAGGGUGUGGUCUUCAACGUAACCACUGUGGACCUGAAGAGGAAACCAGCAGAUCUUCAGAACCUGGCCCCUGGGACACCCCCUCCCUUCAUCACAUUUAACGGGGAGGUGAAAACCGAUGUUAACAAGAUUGAGGAGUUCCUCGAGGACGUUCUCAGUCCACCCAAGUACGCCAAACUCAGCGCAAGGCACCCAGAGUCCACCACAGCCGGAAUGGACAUAUUCGCCAAAUUUUCUGCUUAUAUUAAGAACUCCAAACCUGACGCCAAUGAGGCUCUUGAGAGAGGUUUGCUGAAGACCCUACAGAAGCUGGAUGAGUACCUGUGUUCACCACUGCCCGAUGAGAUCGAUCACAACAGCAUGGACGACAUCAAGGUGUCCCGCCGCAAGUUUCUGGAUGGUGACAACAUGACCCUGGCCGACUGUAACCUGCUGCCCAAACUGCACAUCGUCAAGGUGGUGACUAAGAAAUACCGGGGCUUUGAGAUCCCCAAGGACAUGAGUGGCAUCUGGAAGUACCUGAGUGAAGCGUACACGCGUGACGAGUUCACCAACACCUGCCCCAGCGAAAAGGAGAUUGAGAUUGCAUACGCUGACGUAGCCAAGAGGCUCGUCAAAUAAGGCAUCGUGACGAAUCCAGUCCCAACACUGGGACCUUUUUUUUUGUGACUGAGAAAGAAAAUCUUGAAGUCUUCUUUUCUUCCUCUUCUCUUAUUCUUUAGAGUAAAGCCCCACUGCAUGAAUUUCCCCUCUAGUCCCAUAUCUACAUUUCUUUAAGAUAUCACAUUUAUUGUGAAUGUAACACAAAAGUGGACCUUGGCAAACUUUUCUAUAUCAUGCAUUUUAUUUGAUUUAUUUUUUUUUUUGGUUAACUUUUUCUGAAAGGUUUGAGUUAAUACAAGAAAUGCUACAUGCAGGAGACCGGAGCUGUUUUGUGCGCCUUGUUGGUUUAAACCAGUAUUGCUCCGGCACGCUCACGGAUGGAGACGCACCUCCACCCUCUCCCCUCAUCCACCCUCUGUAGCAGUGGGGGAGGGGCUCCGCUAGCUGCUUUUCCUAAUACGGAUUUAUGCUUUAUAGAAACUGCUUUUCCAAGUUUGCAUUUCUGAAGCUGUGUUUUUUUUGUUUGUUUGUUUUGGUUAAUUUUCUGAUCGUGCGUAUGCAUUGUGUUGGACGUGCCAGUGUUUAUUUCCAGAGAGCGCAAGAUUGAGCGCCGAUUUCUUUAGACUUCCAGACUCUGACAUCACAUGAAGGUAAAUGUUUGUUUGAAUUGAAAUUCAAAACAACUUUUGGUUUUCAACAGUUACAAACUGUUUUGUUAGACUCCACCCAAUUGGCACAUUAUCCAAUAAACUGAUGAAGGUCUGACAUCAGACAAUCAGGAAACAGGCAGUCUCAAGAAAAGAGACACUGGCAGAAACCUUAAGUUACACCACAUAAAGAUCCAGCCAUGACCAGAAUAAAUCUUGCAGGAUCGCAUAUGGACAUAUUCAUGUCAGAUCUGAAUAAUCUGAAGUGUCUAAUAUUUGUACAUCGUUUUACUGUAGUACACAAUUACGGUCGGGCCAAAGGUCAAUCAUAGACAUUCAAAUGAAGGAGCAUUAACCAUUUUCAAAAUAAGUGGAUGUUCAUGUCAUGUGCUUGUGUUUUGGUCUGAGUAUUUCUCCUAAUAGCUAAAACACUGGCCAAUCAACAAAAGGGGAGGGAGAAUGACCUCUGAACCAGGAAGUGAACUGAAUGUGAUCAGUUUUUGAUUUUCUUGCUUAAUGACAGGAAUACUAGUUAGAGAAUGUAAACCUAUAAAAAUACAUUUUUAGUUUGAAUGCAAGACAAAAGUGAAUGGGUUUUGUUUCCCCUUUGGUGUAAUUUUUUAAAGACUGUUUUAAGACAAAUUUAAUAGCAGAAUUGUAAAUAUAUAUUUUUUUUCCAGAAACUGACAUGUACAUUUUAUAUAUCCAUGGAUCUGACUGUAGUGGACUGAGGGCUUUUCUUAGGGGUGUGAGAUUUAAUAAGAGAAGACACAUCCUGAGGCCUUAAUCCUUUUCUCAAGAGUGCACAAAGUAUGGCAUCGGAAAAGAGGAAAACCGUGGAACCGUUUGGAGUAAAACCCAUGGUGACCCAGCCUGACAGUCUGAAGUUUCUUUAAAAAAAUGAAGUUUUGUCUUAAAUGGGUCUGAGAAGCUGUCCGUCUGUUUGUCUGUCUGUCCCCCCUUACUUUGAUAACGAACUCCGUCCUGGGAGCCGGGUCCAGUUCACCCAGAGAGGGCCGCAGUUCUACGGGUUCUAACCCCCACAUGACCUCAGCUGUGGUUCUCAUGACUGGCACUCAUACAGAAUGAAGUGCACUGAGCUUGUGUGCUUGACAGGAACAGCAGUAGCCGCUGAUCUGAGUUCAGUGAGGUAACUGAUGUGUCCAUGAAGGAUUUCUCCCCAGAUGUCAGCUUACUUUCACUUCACUUCCUCCUCAUCUUCGUCACGCAAAGGAGGGCAGUCUAAUAUGAGCUUGUUUAUGAAGCACGUGCCUUCUGAGAAUGUUGGUACCACGACUCUCUCGUGCAGGAUUGCAUCCUCCUCCCUUCUGCUGAUCCGUCUGUCUGCCCGAGAUGCAGAAUGUUCAUGUUUUGUGUCUUUCUCUGUUCUAAUGUAACUUCAUAGCCUCCCCUGGCCUAUGUGGGAAUAAGACUCAAUGUGCACGCUGCAUGUUUGACCUUUGCCAUCUUGCUCUCGACAAUAAACUGCUGGCAGCUAUGA